GAUAAGUAUAUAAGGAAGCAAGAGAGGACAUACAGGAUAAACCCUUUUGAGAUAGGAUGCUGAGUAGGCGAGUGUCCUUGUUUUUCUUCUGACAGGGAGCUUGAAGAGAAAAGUCUAUCAAGAUGCCGGAGAGCGGCGGUGUAUCGGAUGGCACCAGGAAGGUCCUGACGCUCGAGGACCUUAUUGUGGCCAUUGACCGACAUGAGGAAACUCCAAGCAAUGUCCCUAAGGUCGACACCUUUCACUUCAAUGGAGAAAGAGUCUCGGACUGGCUGGAUCGGGUGGAACAAGCAAUAGUGGGACUAGCGGAUGCGGUGAAAUUCCAGCGGAUCAUGAGAUAUGUGCUUUAUGGGCACAAUAAGGAGGUGCAGAGGGUGGUUAACGAUACCAACGACAAUUGGGCCAAGUUCAAAGAGGGAAUGCAAAGAAAGUACAGGCUGGGCGAUGGCCUGCUAACCACGGCAGACCUGAAGGCAAUGAACAAAGAUAACUUCACUACGAUAGGGACCUUUGUACAAGAAUUCAAGAAGAGGGCAAGGAAGGUCCACGGGAUCUCAGAGGAGACGCAGUGUGCCAUCUUUUUGGGACUGCUUACUGCGUCAGAGGCCCAUGAGUUUACAACCCCUAAGCUUCGGGAUGGAUUGAAGGGGAGGUUGUCGUGGCGUCUGGUGCCCAACGUCCAUCUGGGUACGAGCCUGCCCAAGGAGGCGGAGUGGGCAGAGUCGGGCACGAAGAUGGACUGGAAGUGUGUGGCCUGCGGCACUGUGGAUUUGGUAGUGAAGGGCUCUAAGUCUGCAGCGAUGGUGGACACAGGGGCGGAAAUGAAUAUCAUCCGGGAGGCAGAUGCCAUCAGGUUCAGACUGGAUAUAGACCGAUCUGACUGCGAUAGUCUACAUGGGGCAAGCUGCAAGGCCGUGUUAUGUGGGACAGCCUCAAAUGUGUUCAUAGAGGUUGGGAAAGUAAAGGCUAGGGCAUGCUUCUUCGUCAUGCCGGACGUGGAUCACGGGAUUUUUUUAGGGGGAUCCUUUCUGAGCAGGACAGAGACGGUGAUAUUCAAUAAGCAUGAUGGGACUCUGAUCCUUCUCUUAUGUGAUCCUGCCUGCGGAAAUUAUGAAGUAGUCACCUGCAGGAAUACAGGGCCAAAAAGCAUAAGGAACCGACCCAAUCCAGGGUCUUUCACAAUCAAGGAGUUGGAGGGCGAGCGUCGGAGGCUCCGGGCGGAACCGGGGGAGGAAGAGAGGGUUGAAGCAUUCUCCCUCAGCUUGUUGGACGUGGGGAAGGUCAUGGAUUUGGUGGCCGCACAUGAGAUGGCAGAUCCGGAUGCCAUCCAGGCAUUAAGGGAGCAGGGGGCGGCUCAAGCAGGGUUCCCAAAGGCGGUACAAGACGGUAGACUAGAAGUGCCGCCAGUCCCCGUCCUCGUUACUGAGGACGAGGAGGUGUACUAUGAACGAGAACGGGGGUUGAUACGGCGAAUGAAGGAGAGAGCCUCAGCAGGGUCAUGCCGUAUCAAUGAAGGGAACAAGGAGGAGCUGAUCAUAGGAGAGCCCGACUUCCCAUUACCUCAGGCUCGAGCCUUGAUGGUGGAGUUAAUGAAGAAGAGGCAUCGCGCCUAUGCGUUUAGCGACGAGGAGCGCGACAGGUUGGAUGUGGUUAAAAUACCUAUGAUCCGCAUCCACACCGUGCCACAUGAACCGUGGAACUUAAGAGGGGCGCAAUAUCUUAAUCCUGACGAGGAGAAGAAGGUGGUGGAUUACCUCGAUGGCAAGAUACGCACGCAUGUCGCCGACUACUCGAGUGGGUCGUAUGCGUCCCCGUGGUUUUGUUUGAUCAAACCUAACGGGACGCUGCGGUGGGUGCAUUACCUGCAGCGAUUAAAUGCGGUGACAGUGCGGGACGCGGGAGGGUUGCCCAACACGGACGUGCUAUCAGAAUCCUGUGCUGGAAGACCUAUAAUCUCGCUUAUAGACCUCUACUCAGGGUGUGACCAAUUUCCGGUCUAUCUGUCAGACAGGCCAGUGAUAGCUAUGCAUACGCCUCGAGGACUAAUCCACAUGAGUGUGGCUCCGCAAGGAUGGAACAAUGCAGUAGCGAUGGUCCAACGGGCCAUGAUACGAGCCAUGCAGCCGGUCAACCCUCAUAUCACGCAGCGAUAUAUCGAUGAUCUGGCGGUGAAGGGGCCGGCAGUGAAGGAGAGUGAUGAGGUUUUGCCAAGGAGGCGCCAGAGGAGCAGGAGGCAGAGGGACCCUGAGCCCAGCGAGGCAAGGGCAUCUCGAGGGGGACGGAAGGCCCUAGCCAGGAGAGAAGAGGAGUCGGAGCCUGAGGUUGAAGAGCGAGGGGCGUAUCAUGAGUGUGGGUUGGGACCGGUGGAGUUCCAUCAUUUUGUCGAGGGUGGAUUGAGGAGGUCGCCAGUGCGCACACAGGAGGGGGCGCCAGCAUCUGAGGGGCCACUGAGAGAGUUGGAGACGCACCUGGACGUCUCUCGAUGGGGAACGUCGCCUCGAUGCGAGGAGCGUGGAGGACAGGCAGAGGAGGCGCCACGUGAGGAGGUACCACGAGAGGAGGCCCGGGACAAUCAGGGAGAGAGGAGGCUGGGUGAAGAGGGGAGGCAUGCAGGGAAGGACGUGAUAGAGGUUGGAGAGGACACACCCCCUCAGACGCCAGCAGUGGGUUUGAGGCCUGGGGAUACAGCAGGGAGCACUCGCCAGGCAGCUGAGGGAUUGCAGAGAGAGGAGGUCUCAUUGCCUUCAUCAGAAAAGGCUCUUUCGCCAGAGAGAAGAGCAGAAAGGAGGAAGGAGACUGCAACUGUAAGGAGAGAAGCUUUGGCCUUGAUUGCCAGGCACCUAGCAGCUCAUGCCCUGGAGCACCCAGACCUGGAGGAGCCAGCACCUGCAGAGCUGCGCCAGGAGCUGUGCCAGCCUGAGAAGGAGGUGGAAGCAGAGAUCCUGAAGAGGGUCAACCAUCGCACGAGGGAGAGGGCACCAGCUGGCGAAACAGCUGAAGAAAAAAGGGCGAGAAGAAGAAGGAGAAUAGAAGAGAUAUGGCAGGAGAGGCAGAGGUUGGAGGCAGCGGGGGCACUUCCGGAGCAGCAGCAGGAAAGGCAGAGAUUGGAGGCAGCAGGGGCGCUCCCGGAUCAGCCACCGAGCGCGCCAGCUAAGGCCCCUGAAAUCCCAGAGAUGUGGAGAGACUUCUGGGAGCAAAAGGGGGAGGGGCUUCCUUCCCCAACAAGAGCUGGAUUCGAGGUGGCAAGGAAAGCAGAAGAGAGGUUGGAUCGCAAGAUCAGGUUCUUAGCAAAGACCAGUUUCGAUCGGUAUCUGAUGGUGGAAAGCGAUCUGGCGGGGAAGAAGAUGAAAAAAGAGGGUCAUGGGCUACGUUUGGAGACGAUGGAAGUAGAGAUCCAGGAGCUCAGGGCUCUAGUAGCUAGUCAGGCUGCGAUUAUCAAGGACUUGAGGCAGCAGCAUCGAGGGAGAGAGGACAAGGCCGAAAGCAGCCGACAGGGAUAGCAAAGGCAGUCGGGGCAUGGUUUGCCAGGACAACCAUCUGCAGCGGAGCCCCACCAGGAGCCACAUAUGGGAAGAGUUAUCCCGAAACCAGA